AUGGUCCGGGACUAUAUAUCCUUCAAGCGAAAUCUUGUCCUGCUGGUUGUGAGCGCCCGAUCCCAGGACGCGACGCAUAUAGCCCCGGCCAUGAUCCAGGAGCAUCUCUCUGGCGAUCCUGCCCUGGCGAAACGAGUCGUGGGCGUCUUCACCCAUCCAGACCUAGCACAGGACCCCACAGAGGUCCUUCGGGCUUUGUCUGGAGAGUUGUUUGCGGGCGAGUCCAAUAGAUACGGCACUUUACGGUCGACGCUGAAGGACGCCCUCUGGAAUCACACCAUAACCGAGCUGCCGAGUCUGAUCGAAGAUGAUGGCGAGGAAAUUGCGGAUGCCGAACACGCCAUAGCCGGUCUUAGCCAGCCUCGCCACAAUGAAUCGACCCAACGAGACUAUCUACAUUUUCAGAGGCUCGUCAGGGAGGCUGUCGACGGCUCCUACAGGAACGAGGGCUGCAAGCGUGACCACCUAAUAGGGGAGGAGGAUAGGUGCUUGGACUGCAGGCCAUUCUUCGCCGCCUUUGGAAAUCAUGACAAGGAAAGCCAAGAUAAGAGGUUAUGCUCCAAAGUGCGGGGCUUGUGCAGAGCGUUUACGAUGGCCAUACAAAGAUAUGGCAGGAGGGAGUCCGUGAGGACAUUCGUCGAGUUGGCUCUGGGGGCUUCACUCCGCGACGAGUAUGAAAAGAUGGCGGCUGGGAAGUUGGGUGAUUUUGAUCGGUGGUACCAAGGCGUUGGCAAUAUGCUUCUCAAUACCUUUCUACCGCAGAGUGGAGUGGUGAUCAACGAGUUUAUCACCGGCCAGCUCGCCGACAUGGUUCGGGGGACUUUGACCGGAAAGUCUGCUUCGGUGGAUAUCAAGCCAGACGUGCGAAAGGUUCCUCUUCGGUGGGCUGGCACCAGUAACAAGUCGGCAGCGAAGCGUGUCAUCGAAUAUGUAGAGACGUACUAUGAGAUGAGCAUGUUGGCGUUUGUUGGCUACGUCAACGCUCUGGUCGAGGAGAGCAGCAUUGUGCAAAAGCUGCCCAACGGGAUCCUAACCCGUGCUCUUAUACAGGCAUUAGAUGUCCAAUCCCUCAAGACUAUUUCCGGAGAGAAGGAAAAUGUAAUCCAAAAGCGGGCACAGAAGGAGUGCCACCUAAAGGCUUUGCGAGAGAUCCAGGUUACACUUAAAAGGUUCUUGAUGGGUGAGUGA